AUGGUGAAUGCCGAUCUCAUAGAACUUGACGGCGAUAACGCUCUUGACCUGUUCGUUCCCGCGCACUUCUCACCCAUCAAGAGCUUACAUGCUCCCUCGUCUCCUGUCAGACACAUGAAGACACCAGACAGACAGUUUGACUUGCUGCCCUCCCCUUCAGAUCGCGUCCAUGGCUAUGAAAGCUUGUCCAACAGCUCAAUGGGCAAACGAAAGAUCGCCCUGCUGUCAGGCCAUGCAGAAAAUGGGGAGAGGGACUGCAAGUCGAAGGAUCUGCAUGAGCGAGUCUUAAAGCUGGCGAGAGACUGCAAUUUCGACAUGAGUCGAUUCUCCUCUAACUCGUGCGGGCAAGAGAGGGAAGGGAAGUCGACUGUGACGGUUGAGAAUCGGAAGGAGCAGGUAAAAGACGAGGGAGGAGGAGAACGUCACAAGGAACAAGUCAUGCUAGAAGAGGCCUCAAGUCACGUCCGGGACCACGAGCUUAUCAAAUGCUGCAGUGUCCAGGAACAGGACAUACAGUUGCAGCCUCGUCCUCCAUCAGCGGAAUCGAAGUUCCUGCGCAGAGAUCCAAGAAGGAAGCACGCCUGGUGGAGACACGCUAAUGCACAAUCCAAGCGGUUCACCACGACGAGCCCUGUCGCAAAGAAGCAUGUCGAGGGCUGUGGCGAGGGGGAGAGCGGCGUCAUGGACUGGGAGAUGCUGAGAGGAGAGGUCAGGCGGUCGGCUGAAUCCCUCGGUAUCAGGAUGAGCUCGACCUGCUUGCCUUCUGCUACGGCGAGUGAAGUCUCGACGAGGGUCUCAGACAUGGCAGCGCGGUAUGAGAGCAGCAUCAUGCCGCUGCCCCAGCACAGGGAGAGAAGCUUGCUGUCGGCAAACGACUCGCUGGUCCGCAGCAGGCAUCUGAACGAGAGUUUGUUGGCCUCCUUGGACGAGUUGAGCAGGCAAAUCAUGACAGUCACCAGCCUCUUCGAGCCUCCGAGGAGGGAGGAAGGAAGGGAGGACGAGAGGAAGACGGAAGGAGGAGGCGGGGAGGGCAGGAGGAACGAGUUGGUUGUCUCCAAGGCUAGGAAGAAGUGGGAGCGAGACAUGGGAGGAGGACAUGUUGCGGAGUUCGACAAGUCUGUGCACAAGAUUGAGUGCAUCUCGAUCGACCGUGCGGCAUCGACAGUUACCAACAUCAAAGUAGAGCAGGAGAGAGAGAAGGGAAGGAGAAUCGGCGACAAGGGCAGUGGCAGCAAGGAGUCGAUCAUGAUCAAGACAGAGAACAGGAGGAGAGGUCUCUCGUGGUCGAGCUUGAGCAAGACCAACAUUCUCAAAUAG